AUGAGCGCAGCGCAGCGCACAUUCCUGCAAGGACUAUCUGAAUAUGAGAGGAACGCUUUGUUGCUCCAUGCUGAAGGAAGCGCAGUUCGCGACCAAAGCACGCAGCUUAAGGACGCCAAAUCCCGUGGUGUAGGAGGCAACACUGAUGGCGGGGGAAGCAGAGUGAGCAUUGGGAGCAGGAGAGAAGUUGAGGAUGCGUUCAAUGCUGUGUACAAAGAACGCGACCGCAGACAACAGCUGGAGGCACAGGUGGCCGCCCUGCAGGCAAAGAUUCAUGACCAGAAUGGCCAGAUCGACGCUCUGCGUGUCGAGCGUGAUGCAAUGCGCCAGAACCUGCAACGCAACGAUGACCGUGGUACACGCCUCGCCGCGCAGCUGUCCUCGUUGGAGCAGGAGAACGCCUCCCUCAGCGCCAAGCUGGUCGCAGCCAACAACGAUCGGGCCCAGCUGCAGACCAAGAACGAUAUGAUGCAGACGCGAGUCCUGGAGCUGCAGCAGGGCUACAUCAGCAUGGCGAACCUCGACGGUGUGGUGGAGCGCCGUGACCUCAUCCGCCGCAGCAAGAUAGGGGGCCUGCUGUCCGAAGUAGCAGCUUCGGGCGCGCUGGACGCCGACCUGCAGCAAAUGGUUGCUCAUCAGCAGCGCCAAUCCCAAGCAAAAGUUGCUUUCAGCACCAUCGCGGCACUCACUCGCGAGCGCGACACUCUGCAGCAGCGCCUGCAGGAGUUGUCAGAGCGACUGGCGGACAGCGUCAGCCGCGAGGCGGCCACCCGGGGCACACAUGCGCUGCGCUGCGUCUCCUGGAAGCGCUCCGCGGUGCAGGCGGAGGCCAGGUUGGCAGUGGCAUUGAAACGUGUGAAGGAGCUUAACGAGGAGAUCCGCAAGCGUGAUGGCGCGGCGCGGCAGCGUGAAAAGUACAUGGCGCAGCUGGAACGCACCAUCAUGGCGCAGCACAAAUCACUGCAGCAGCUGCGGCGUUUGCUGGAGAAGGGGAUGCCAGGUGGUGGUGGAGCGGCGCUGCAGCGGAGCACACGCGAGGCGGCGGCUCCAACAGCCAGCAGCGAGCCUGCACAAGGUGCAGACCAGGCCCCAGCCCCAGCCUCACCCAACGGCCGCGGCGCCGGCUGCCUGAAAACGGGUCGGCCGGAGCGCUCAGGUGGCGACACUGUGCGCUUCCAGGAUGAAGACGGCCUGGCUAGCGACACGGCGGCACCGGCGUCACGACCGGAGCGACCGCAGCAGCAGCUGCAAAAGCCACCUUCGCAGCUGUACAAUGACCAAUAUCCGAACCCAUUCCUGCAGUAUCAUUCCGGUCAUGGGCAACCAGAGUUUGGUGUUGGCCGUUCCGGGUCCGGCGAGAAAGCCUAUUUCGUGCCGCCGCAGCAUGCUGACGGCUCGGCAAGCCAUGGCAGGCCGGCCCCGGAAGCAGCGGCGGGGCUGCAUUCCGCGGGUGGCGCGGAGUCGUGGGUCGGCCGGCCCGUCUCACCCUCUCGCAGAGAUUCAGAGCGCCCGCUUGCGCAGUCUGCGGACGGCGUGGCGCCGCGCAGAGGGGGCCGGGUUGCUUGGGCGGAGGGGGACGCGCAAUUCGAGGCGCCUAGCCUAUCGCCACACGAGGCUGACGGGGAGGAGGGCCUGCAGGACGAUGCGCCCCGGGCCUUCCCCAGCUCCUUGACGGCCCCAGUCGCGCUAUCCCAACAACUUUCCAGUAUGGAAGCCAACCUGGCGCAGCUUUAUCGGGAUCUGGAGGCUUUCAAGGACUCCUCACUGCAUCACCAGGCUCUCCAUGACAAACAAGGCACCACAAGGUCACCCCACAGCUCGCCUCAAAGGAGAUCCUUUCCAUCGUCGCCUAUUUCAAACCCUCGUUCUUCCUCUCCGGCGCAUUAUUACAAGGAGCUGGGUGACGAGACCGAUCCCGAGCGCGUUCCUCAAGACUUGGAAGACAGCGGCGGUGAAGGGAGCGAUGGUGCCGGUGCUACCGUCCCGUUUAGCCCUACGGCCAAGGGCGUCUUGCGCUCGCCUACAGGCAGCCAGCCCGUUAGCAGGGCUCGGACCGAUACGCGGACAUCGUCUCCCACUGCCGGCUAUUACGGCGUAGAGGAGAGACCCGGGGACGAGCCGGCUGCCGGCGAACAGGUUCAUCAGGUCCGCCAGAUGCCAAAGCUGCGCGGCUACGCAUCAGCCAGUGCUGCGACACGCUGUACCGGACGGUCCAGCGCCCCCCGGGUUUCGCCGCGCCGUUACCGCUCCGAUACCAGCGCCAUGCAGCAACAGCAGCCAAAAUUUGUGCCGCCCGCCAGUGCGGAGAACCCGGCAGUGUCGUCUGGGUCCCUGCGUGCCAUGGCCCCAUCUGGCACAAGUCCAAAUGAUGCUUUCGCUUCCAUUCCCCGCGAGGCACAGAGCCGCAGGUACUCAGGAGCCUUACGCCGGAUCCGGCGAACCCCUGAGGAGCACCAGGAGCAACAGCAAGCCCGGCGCGACGCCGCCAGCCCUGGGGCCCCCCCUGUAGACGGCCGCAGCAGCAACAGCAGCGUGGGGCAAGAACAAUGGCCCUACCACGGCCAGCAGCCUGCCCCCAUUGCAGGCAUGUAUCGGGAUGGGGACAGCAGCCGAAGGAGUAAUGGGUCUGGGAAAUGGCAGCAUCCGGGCCAAGAAUCUGGGGCCGACCCAGACGGUGGGGGACACGGCAAUGGGAACAAACGGAGUUCCGGUACCGAGCAGUGGCAGCAUCAGAGCGAGCGGUCUGCCCAUGAUGCGGACGUGUCCAGGGAGGGGGGAAGCAGCAACAGAAGUAUCGAAUCUGAGCAGUGGCAGCAUCAGGGCUGCAGGCCUGACUGCGAGCCUGUUGACAUCGCUGGCAGCCUGAGCAAAGGUAACACAUGCAAAGAUGAGGAUGACCGCACGUCAUGUAGCAGCUUCGGUAGUGGCGGUGCGUCAAUCGACAAUUGCGGCCAUUUCCAUGAUGGUCCCGGGGUUCCAUCCACUGCACGUCAGCCGCAGGCGGCUACCGCGCGCCGGGACACACCUGGGCCUGAGGGCCUACCAGCAAAGGCUGAAACAGCUGUGACGCCGGAGGCGGUGGAAUGCGACGACGGUGCCGAGGAGCAUCCCCUCCAGCCGCUGCCAACGCAUAUGCUUGGCCACCUGCUGCGAUGCACACACCACCAUGUCCGUGGUUAUGCUCGCGGUGGUGUCCGCGUCGGUGGCCCCAUAAGCCCAUUGCUUGGGCGUAUUGCCGGCCGAGGCGGUGGUGGCAUUAAUGGUGGCAUCAUCAACAUCCAACGGCCCAGGGCCACACGGCCCGUGGCUGCACCAGGCCAUCGACCUGUCACCAUUGCAGCUGCGGCACGAGGUGAUGGCACCACCCGCAGCCCCCCGGCAUCACGUGUUGUGCAGCCCAACCGCGGCCAAGUAGUAGUAACCGAGGAUGCUGGGUACCCCGCUGACGUCCGUGACCAUGACCAUGACCGGGCCAUGAGCCGCAGGAGCCCACCCUCUCCAACCAGAGCAGCGGUGUUCGUGGCUGGAGGUGGCCGCCCAAGCCAUGGCAUGCAGCCCGACCGCGGCCGGGUGGCUCGAGCGCCUGCAUGGGUUCCCGGAGGUCGGAACAGCCGCAGCAGGAGCCCCGUGGAGGCCGCCGCCGCGGCCACCACCACGGCACCUGGAGGCUCUGGGCGGGACCAUCAUCAGAUCUCCAGGGCCGCAAGCCCGGUAGCCCGGGCUCCCGACGCGAUGGAGCGGCAACACAGCGCUGCGGCUCCAUGCACCCGAGCAUCGACCGCGGCUGAGGGCUCGCCAAGAGGACCAAGUUCAUGCUCAGGCAUGGCCCUGUCACCCAUCUCGACUUUGCUAGCCUGCAUCAUGCCCACACCUAAGAGGCCGGUGUCUCAAGCAGCACCUUCAGAGCUGCCAUCUGAUCCACAGAAGAGUCCUCAUCAGCGACAAAAUGUGCAUGAUGAUACAAGCAGCAGUACAGACCAAGGCAACCCGCAUCGCCACAACGGAAACACCUUCGAUAUGUCGACCUACGAGGUGCUGCCUGGAUCUAGCUCAUCCGGUAGCAACUGCGGCGGCCGCACUGGCGCAAAGCGACGACAACAUGAUGAAGGUGCUGAUAAUGCGGAUGACCGGCGCAAGGCGCAAGGCAGCAGCAACGGUGGCACGGCGAGCGCCACCUGCACAGACAGCCAGGGCGACGCGGGCAGCGGGACCGGCUUGGGCAGCAGCAGCGGUAGCCGUGGUAGUAACUCGACCGAGGAGGCGGCUGUAGGAUGGCGGCCGAUGGCCGGCAGGAUCAGCGGCUCCCAGCUAGCGGAGCGCUCGAGACUGCCGGUAGUGGGACCCGUAUCUCCCCAGUCGCGUGCACUGCCAGUACCAGCAUUCUCUGGCGCCAGCAACAUCCGAACCGCCUCCGAAUCAGACUCUGCGAGCUUGGCGUCGACCUCCAAGGGUGCGUACUGCAGGCCAACGCUGGCUGGCUGGCUCGGGGACUCGGGCCCUGGGGCCUCGGAGUCGAUUGCAAUGGCAGGGCAUCCGGCUGUAUCGGCAGGGACGGCGGUCACUGCGGAAGUGAGCCGGAAGGUUGAAGCGGAGGGUGUUGUCACCAGCAGUGCCGACUCGCAUCGGCAGCAGCAGCAACAGCAGCAGCUGAAUGGCCGGAAAAGCGUGGGCAGCCCGAUUGCUGAGGUGGCCGCAACGGCGGCUUCUGCCCUGCAGAAGCUCCGAGACCAGCGCUUGCAACGAAUGCAUCGAGUUAAUAGCAGCGCGCACCAGCAGCCUUUCCACGGUUCCUCUGUGGCAGCCGCUGUUUCUGCAGCUUCCGCUACGCAACGUCCCCGGCCCCAACAGCAGCAGCAUCUGCUGGUGCAGCCUGGGUCCAGCGGAAUGGCUUCGGCCAGAGGGGAUGAUGACGGCGGGGUGGUGGUGCUCGCGCUUCGCGGCAGCCUGCAAGGAGAGGUUAUCGUGUCGCCCUCUCGGCUGGUGUCACCGGGGGCGUCAUCACCGCUCAGUCCGGGCAGUCCAACCGGUAAGGUGGGAGCAGCAGCAGGUGGAGGACAACAUGCUCCUGGUAGUGGCGGUCGAGGUGGGAACGCUGCAGGCCAAGUGACCAUGCGGCUGGAGAUAGGUGGCGGCCCGCCAGUCUGGCGUGCCGCAACGGCCACCACCGCUGCCCCUCCAGCAGCCGGUGGCGGGGCCGAGCUAGCUCGUGGCUUGCAGCCAGCGACCGCGGCGGAAUGGAGCCUACGGGACCUCCGGCAAGGGAUAAGGCCUGGCUCAACGGGACGCAGCGCGUACGGAGAGCUGCAGCUGGAUCCCUCCCGCGGGUCGUCGGUGUCCCGGGGCUACAUGACUUCGGCGGAGCCUAGCUUUGAUCGUUCGGCUUCGAGUUUGAGUGUCAGUGCAGGCUCAAGCGGGGCAAAUGGUGCCAGUAACGGAUGGCCGGGAAUAGAACUUGUCGCACUCGCAAGAAAUGGGCAUGGUUUGCGUACGGCGCAAAAUGUUGUGGGGACCCAGGGUAGCGGGGUUCCUGGAGCGUGGGGUGGGCAACACGUCGCUGCGGCACCUGCACCACCAGUAUUGCCGCUGCAGCACCCGCUCAUGCGCCUGCUGGGGCAAGCUUCGGAAGACUUACAGCUCCUGAGCGACAGGCUUAAGCCGCUGGUGGAUGCCAGGCCAGCUUUUAAGAAUAGCCUGCUGGCGUCAUGUAUCCUUGGUUUUCUUGUGGUUCUCUUUUGGAUCAUCUUUAGCUUCUUUGUCCUCAUCGGGCGCUUUUUCGGCACCCUGCCUUUGGGCUACGGCGUCAUGCUAGGGUCUUGCGCCCACACUGGCUUCUUCAGCCUUCUGGCGGGUCUCGUGCUGCAGACACAUGAAGUCCUAGCGGACAACUUUAGGAAGUAUGGCAUCUGGAGCAGCGCCGACUACCAGACAUAUCUGUCCACGUAUGCGUUUAACUACAUUUUGUGCGGUACCUACCUCCUCUUGUUCUUGGUGUUGGCGUUCACGUCGGGUCCCUUCACGAAGCAAGAGGAACGCGGCAGCUCUUAUACUGUGAAGACACCGUCGGCAUCGACACCGCCCGCGGCAUCGGGUACGGUGUCCGGUGUUGAGAACAGCCACGGCUUCGGAGUCAACUGGCCGAACUCCUACCGCGGGGGCAACGUGUAGCCUCGGCGGUGCGGGAGAUGAUGGCUUUCCCGCCCUCCCCGGAUAGCCACCUACCACUUGGAAGCAGUUGGGGAGCAGCGCCCCUUGGGGAGUAAAUGGUGCCUG